UUCACUGUGCGUUCGCCUGUGAAUUCGUGCAGCUGGCUGCAUGGACAUGGCUGUAAAACGUGAACAGCAGAUAGCAAGCGACCAAUGAGGCUUUCAGAGUGAGGUGGUAGCCAGCUCUGUUCGACCAAUUGCAGUCUUUAUAACGUCCUCACCCAAACGGAAUCAGGAGAAAUCGGCGAGACCAUGGUGACAGCGACGGCGACAGCGUGCCCGAAUCCUGCCGAGCAACGUAACGGGGAGGCGACGGGAGUAUCGUCGGUGGAAGACGUUUUUGAUGAUACUUAUAAAGAACGAGAAGGCCCCAAACCGCCAAGGCAAAUCGUAUGGAGAAACGUUAUAUUAAUGACUUUCCUGCAUACAGGGGCUCUGUACGGAUUCACACUUCUCCCCUCCACUUCAGCCAUGACCUUGGUGUGGUCGAUGGUGUGCUUCUUCAUCAGCGCGCUCGGCGUGACCGCCGGCGCCCAUCGGCUGUGGAGCCACCGCUCCUACAAGGCCUCCGUGCCCCUGCGCAUCUUCCUCGCUGUCGCCAACUCCAUGGCCUUUCAGAACGAUAUCUACGAGUGGGCUCGCGACCACAGAGUCCAUCACAAGUUCUCGGAGACGGACGCCGACCCCCACAAUGCCGUGCGGGGGUUCUUCUUCGCUCACAUCGGCUGGCUGCUGGUGCGGAAACAUCCGGACGUCAUCGAGAAGGGCAAGAAGCUGGAGCUGGCCGACCUGAAGGCCGAUAAAGUCGUCAUGUUCCAAAGGAAGUACUACAAGCCGUCGGUGCUUCUGCUGUGUUUCGGCGUCCCCAUGCUGGUGCCCUGGUACCUGUGGGGGGAGUCUCUGUGGGUGGCCUACUUCGUCCCAGGCCUCCUGAGGUACACCGUCGUGCUCAACGCCACCUGGCUGGUGAACAGCGCCGCACACAUAUGGGGCAACCGGCCCUACGACCACACCAUCAACCCCCGGGAGAACCGCUUCGUCGCCUUCAGCGCUAUCGGGGAAGGGUUCCACAACUACCACCACACGUUCCCCUUCGACUACUCCACCAGCGAGUUCGGCUGCAAGGUGAACCUGACCACGUGUUUCAUCAACACCAUGUGCUUCCUGGGCCUGGCCUCCGACUGCAAGAAGGCGUCCCGCGAGGUCGUUGCUGCCCGCGUGCAGCGCACGGGCGACGGGAGCCACCACAGCGGCUAACCGGCGCCGCCCUGUCCCGUGCAAAACGACCACGUUACGGCUUCGACACCCGACCAGUCCUGCCAUGUCCCCAGGUAGCUCAGAUUAAUAUUGGCUUUAAUGAACCUGGCCCUUCAAACAAUGUUCUCACAAUUAAUUUCUGAAUUGGUAGCAGUAGCACUUGCGUGUGUUUGAUGGGGAAGGCGUCUUCGGCAGAGGUAUUCGGAUGGCUGGUCUUUGGACGGCCAGUGCAGGGAUUCGGUCGAGGUAGACUGACUGGAGUUGAUCACGUCUGGGCUUGACGCUGGCCAGAGACUGGCCCCAACUCCAUGAUGUUGCUUAAGGGGGUCGGGGAAUGCAUUUUUUUUCUAUCUAAAUCGUAAUUGUUGAUCUAUACGCAAAGCUAUAUGACUAGGGAGUGAUUCAAAGUUUUGCUGGAUCCCAAGCUGCUUCAUAACUUGGGUCUGUUAUUCAAGUGUAAUUUUUAACAAAUGCAAAAACCACAGGUCAGGAGUUUCAGCGUUCCGGUCACACAUUUCGGUUUAAAAUGUGUUAAACCGUUCGUACACUAAGCUGUUGAAUCCUUUUUGGGGGUUGAUCUUCUCCGCCCCCUCCGUUAACGAUGCGCGCAUGCAGAGAUAACUGGAUAAACUGUCCAACUGCCAGUACUGGCCAAAUGAAGUCAUAUUUAUGGUAAUUAUGCUGCCCGCAUAAUUAUUCCACAGUCUCAUUUUUGGAGGUGCUCAUUGCCUGUGCUGCACAUGCAAGAUUUAUUUUUUGGUCUCAUAUUCCAUGCAGUUUGGCUUCGCCUUUUUGUCCAUUUGAGGCUUAGGUGCUCUCCACGGGGCCAGGAUGGACGGUGAGAAGGUUAACCCGGCUCUCACUGGGGGGGCUGUGUCGUAAAGCGCGUCUCUCUGCGAAAUGGCCAGAAGAAAGGAGUCCUUUCUCGUUUCUUCUGUUGUCAAUUUUUGGAAGUUGGGAGAAAAGCCUUAUUUUUAUUUCAGUAAUUGAAGCAGAACUGGGAGUCAGGAGACCCCCGUUCCCUGUGCCUUAUGACCUCUGACCUGUCCUUCCCCCCACUGUUACCCCGGGAAACGGACGUCUGUUAACUGGAAGAAAAUCCACGUUUAUCAGGUUUAUCGAGGGGAAACCAGCAGUUGUUUUUUUUUCUGACUGCUGUCUUCAGUGUUUUAAUUUCAGAUAACUGGCAAGUCGGGCGAGAUGCUUAGGGUUGGGAGGGGAAUGCGUGGCCAUUUCUCUUAAACCUGAUGGAAGUGUAGCUAUCGCUGCAAUUCUGAGCGAACUAAAGCACUUACUGAACUCCAAAAAUGGCUUUGUGACAGACCUACUUCCCUCGCGGUAAUCAAUAAUCCAAAAAGAACUGUUGCUAGCCUGUGUUCUUCAGGGACAAAUGAUUUGUAUUUUGUAACACGUGUGUACUGUAGUUUCUAAGUAACAUUUAAACAGUGUUUUGAACUAAACUGAACUAAAAAAAUAUAUAUAAAAACAUCUUGCCCUUUUGUUUUGCAGUGCAAUUGUUUUUCCUGUGUUAACCUUGAAUUCUGAAUGCCUUAAAAAUAAAACACUUUGGCAAGGAAUGUUAUGACCCGUAUGUACUGUACGUGUAAGCAUAUUUUCUACAAGAUGGAAAGUAUACUCUUCUGUUAUACUGUGGUAAUCAAUUUCUUUUCAUAAUCAAAUAAAAGAAAUUAUACCCUUA